CCGCUGCCGCUCGCGGUCCGGACCCGAGGCGUGAGCCGAGGGAACGACGCCAGACGCGGGCGCGGACGCUGCCGGUUGGCGCUCGGUGUCCUUAGGUCCCCCUCGCUAUCGGCCGGGACGCGGGAGAGCGCGGCGCGCGGCGGGGGCGCGAGGUGGUGCGGGCGGGGGCGGCCAAUGCGAAACUGGCUGGUGCUGCUGUGCCCGUGCGUGCUCGGGGCCGCGCUGCACCUCUGGCACCUCUGGCUGCGCUCCCCGCCGCGCCCCCGCGCCUCCGGGCCCGGCGCGGCAGAUCGAUCAGCCUUAUUUCCUCAGUGGAAAUUUAGUCACUAUGAUGUGGUAGUUGGUGUGUUAUCGGCUCGAAAUAACCACGAACUUCGAAAUGUAAUAAGAAACACCUGGCUGAAGCAUUUGCUGCAACAUCCUAUGUUAAGUCAACGUGUGCUUGUGAAGUUCAUAAUAGGUGCCCGUGGCUGUGAAGUGCCUGUGGAAGACAGGGAAGACCCUUACUCCUGCCGACUGCUCAACAUCACCAGUCCAGUUUUGAAUCAGGAAAUUGAAGCCUUUAGCUUUCCUGAAGAUGCCUCCUCAUCCAGACUUUCUGAAGACCGAGUUGUCAGCGUGAGCUUCCGAGUUCUUUACCCAAUCGUGAUUACAAGUCUUGGAGUGUUCUAUGAUGCCAGUGACGUUGGCUUUCAGAGGAACAUCACUGUCAAGUUGUACCAGACAGAGCAGGAGGAGGCCCUUUUCAUCGCUCGAUUUAGUCCUCCAAGCUGUGGCAUACAAGUGAACAAACUAUGGUAUAAGCCGGUGGAACAGUUCAUCUUACCAGAGAGCUUUGAAGGUACAAUCGUGUGGGAAAGCCAAGAUCUCCAUGGCCUCGUGUCCAGAAACCUGCCCAGAGUGACAGUGAACGAUGGAGGGGGUGUUCUCAGGGUCAUCACAGCUGGGGAAGGGGCACUGCCUCAUGAAUUCAUGGAAGGUGUGGAGGGAGUUGCAGGUGGCUUUAUCUAUACUGUUCAGGUCAGCUUUUCCUUUUCAGAAGGUGACGCACUGUUACGAAGCCUUCAUUCUCGGCCCCAGAGACUUGCAGAUCACAUACAGGAUCUGCUAGUGGAAGAUGCCUUACUGCAGGAGGAAAGCAGUGUCUACGAUGACAUUGUCUUCGUGGAUGUCGUGGAUACUUACCGGAAUGUUCCUGCAAAGUUACUGAAUUUCUAUAGAUGGACUGUGGAAACCACCAGCUUUGGUUUGCUGCUCAAGACAGAUGAUGACUGCUACAUAGACUUAGAAGCUGUGUUUAAUAGAAUUGCUCAGAAGAAUCUAGAUGGGCCUAAUUUUUGGUGGGGAAAUUUCAGGUUGAAUUGGGCAGUGGACAGAACUGGAAAGUGGCAGGAGCUGGAAUACCCCAGCCCAGCUUACCCUGCCUUUGCAUGUGGGUCAGGGUACGUGAUCUCCAAGGAUAUCGUUGACUGGCUGGCAGGCAACUCUGGAAGGUUAAAGACCUAUCAGGGUGAAGAUGUCAGCAUGGGCAUUUGGAUGGCAGCCAUAGGACCUAAAAGACACCAGGACAGCCUGUGGCUGUGUGAGAAAACCUGUGAGACAGGAAUGUUGUCUUCUCCUCAGUACUCACCAGAAGAACUGAGCAGACUGUGGGAACUGAAGGAACUGUGUGGGGAUCCUUGUCAGUGUGAAGCAAAAGUGCAGUGAUCCUCAAAGACCAGGGACUGUAAGUGAGGAGAGCCCAUGGCUGGGAGUGUGCUGUAAGCAGUAGGGUAUUACUAGAGUUUGCACAGAUCUUAAUGACUCAACUGAUACUGUGGCUUAAGUUUUUAUUUACAAAGUGGAAAAUUAUUUAAAUCCAAAUUAUUUUAUAAAAAAUACUGCUAAUUCCUGAUCACUUACUAAUUAGUAAUUCAUCAUUAUCAUUUUUGUUAAACCUGGCAAAAUUCAGAAAAUUGUAAUAACUCCAUUUAAAUCUCAACCAGGAUUACAAAAUAGCUCUGCAUAACUUAAUUAGGCCAGAAAGAAUCUACAAAGAUGCUGGCUAUGUGAUGCAAGGGGGGCCACAUAUACCAAAGUCUGGGUUGCUGGAAAUACCAGUUUGUGGAUCUUUGAUAUGGGCAACCUGGCCUUGAAAAGGAAAUACUUGGGAUCUUGCUUAAGAUGUUUAUUUACAUAUGCGCCACGAUUUCUUUCAGCAUUUAAUGUAAAUCCCGAAUGUCUCAGCAUGUACUGAGACAUUUACUCUCACUAAACUGUUUCUGUGAGUGUGAGUAAAAGUAAACACCUCAGGGGUCAGUGUCACAGGGAAGUGGAGAAGGCACUGUGCCUUGCCUCAUGUUUACCGCGUAAGACAGGCUCCGUUUAAGGCAUAAUGUAGGGGGAGUAUAUUGCACAGAGUAGAAGAUAUGUUUCCUUAGCUUAAAGGACAUUUCUCAGAAUAACCAACCAAAUCACUAUAGUAAGCUUUUUAAAAUAGUAUGUAGCCCACAGCAGAUGUUAUCUCUACUCAGAUUUAGACUGUUUCUACUUCAUAUUUACAUCUUCACAUAAGGGUAAAGCUGUGAAAACAAAGUAGAAAAAUC